ACAAAACCCACCAAGAUGUCACGUUCUUUUCUCAUGGAUUCCCUGCUCAGCGAUCGGCCAAAUUUGAAGAAGGAAACGAGUGGAAGUCCCACUGCCUCGGCUUCCGCUUCCGCUUCCGCCGCCGCUGCUGUGGCCGCGGCAGCCAUGUUGCCUUCGAUUCCAAUGCUUCCGUAUCCGGCCAGCUAUGUGGGCAGCUAUCUCUUCUCCCUGGGCAUCCAGCAGCAGCAGCAACAGGCCGCCGCAGCAGCUGCUCUCCAGCAUCAGCAGACGCUACACUCCAGUGCCAGUUCCAGUUCCAGUCCCACAUCGUUAUAUCACCCAUACGCCCAGUUGUUUGCUCCAAAACGCAAAUCCAGUGGUUUUGGCAACUAUGAGAGUUGUUAUCCUUCGCCACCGCUGUCUGCCAAUCCCAAUAGCCAGGCUCAGCAGCUGCCUCUACAUGGACUCUAUGGAACUCCAGGUGUACAUGGUUUACCUUUGCCCGAACCCAACAGCUUCUGCACUUCACCUUCGGCCUCGUCAUCCGCCUCUCAGGAUUAUGCCAAUAAUUAUGAUGAACCGCAGGGAAAGCGCUUCAAGCAUGAGUCCUCCUGCUCACCGAAUAGUUCGCCAUUAAAGGUGCCUUCAUCAGCAGCUAGCCAGGAUAUAACACCUUUGAUUAGCGACUAUGCAGAUUCCAGCAAAAGGAUCCGCACGGCCUUUACCAGCACUCAACUUCUGGAAUUGGAGCGUGAAUUCUCGCACAAUGCCUACUUGUCCCGUCUGCGACGCAUUGAGAUUGCCAAUCGCCUGAGACUCUCCGAGAAGCAGGUGAAGAUCUGGUUCCAGAAUCGUCGUGUCAAGCAGAAGAAAGGCGGCUCUGAGAGUCCCACAUUUAAUUUGUCCACCAAUUCGGGAAGUGGAAGUCCUCAGACAUCGCCGGUAGCCAAGGUUCAAGAACUGAAAGUGGAGGCUUAG